AUGGAUACUAUAGUCGAAAAAAAAAUUUUUAACGAUAAUCAAAUAAUUAAUGAUAUCAAACCUUCAUUAACUAUGAGUUUUAAUUCUUUACCACCUCGUUAUGGUUCAGCAGCAGAUAUUCCAUAUGACGAAGGUUUUGAUUUAAAAUCUAUUCUCAAUUCUAAACCAGCAAUACCAUCAAAUGAUAUAAUGAGUGUAUUAAAUAAUAACAAUAAUAAUGAUAAUAAUAAUAAAUUACAACAAAAUCAACAACAAUAUUCUUCUGUUACCAAUAAUCUCAAUGAAUUACUUAUUAGUUAUGCUCGUGAUCGUGACAAUCUUCUUCAAAUAGCACGACAAGUUCAACAAGAUUUUAUAAAUGCAAUGAAUUUGGAUUGA